GCAAGAAAAAAAAAAUAAUUAAAUUUUUCUAGUAAUUAAAUUAGUGGUACUUAUCUCAGCUGAGAUUAAACGUACAGUUAAUUUAACGUAAUAAUAAAAAUAAAAUUUUUCGAGACAAUUGAUAGUUUGACAAUUGAAUUUAAAUAAACAAUAAUAAUGGAAAAUGAACCUUUGUAUUCUAAAGAUGAUAAACCACCACCUUAUUCUGCUGCCACUGCACCAUCAGGUCCUUCUUCGUGGCAACCGCCACCUGGUUAUUAUCCAAGUGAUGGAAUUCCAUAUCAAAAUUCAUCAAUUCCGUCAUAUGGAGCUACAACGACUGUUAUUGUACCAGAAAUAAUUCUUGUUGGAGCUUGUCCAGCUUGCAGAGUUGGAAUCUUGGAAGAUGAUUACACGUGUUUAGGAUUAUUUUGUGCAAUUUUCUUCUUUCCACUUGGGAUUCUAUGCUGCUUGCUGUUAAAAAAUAAAAAGUGCUCUAAUUGUGGAGCUUAUUUUGGUUAAUCAGAAAAAAAUAAUUAUUCCACUGAAUGAAAUUUUUUAAGCUUUACAUUUUGAAUUUAAUACUUAUAAUUUAAAGGUGAUAUUAGUUUAAUAAUUGAUAAUGUUAUUUUAAUUGUUAUCAAUUAUCAUGCAGUCGACUACCCGUAAUAAGCCUGGUCUAGGGGACGUAGGGGAAAUUUUUCUUGAAAUUUCAGUCUUUCCAAACCGUGUGUUUAGUUUUGUUCUCGACGACCCGUUAUAAGCCUGCUUUAUUUUAUAUCAUUUUAAAAGUCAUAUUUACAUUUUGUUACAUACGCGACACUUUUUACACUAAUAAUAAUUAUAAUGCAAAAAAUUAUAAUGAUAACGGUAUUGAUUAUAGUAAUAAUAAAAAUAAUCAUUUUAUUGAUGAACUUAAUGCUUAAUAAAACUUUUCAAUUGUAACAGAAGCUUUGAAUAUAAUUCAUGAUUACAAUUAUGAACAAUAAAUUAUAUUUUACUUAAUAAUGAUUAAAUUAUUCUCCGCGAAACAUAGUCAGUAAAUUUUCAUCAUUAAUUUGUCUAUUUUUCCUAUUCUUAGUUUAUAAUUUUGAUAAUUUUAACGGAGGCUUAUAACGGGCUCUCGGUACAAAACUCCUUAGAGUGAGUCGGGGAAGUUGUUUGGACUCAGUAACUACCGAUUGAGGGGAAGAGGCUUAUGAAGGACAGGCUUAUGACGAGUAGUCGACUGUAAUAUGAUUCAAAUUAAAUAAUUUUUUUUAUAGAUCUAAGAUUGCUUUAAUGUUGUUAUUAUAUUGAGAAAAAUGAUCAAAACUUAAAUUAAUUACUCGAUCAAGUGCUUAUGAAUCAAUUUAAUCGAAACUAUUAUUUGAUAUAAUUUAUUUUUUUCCAUAGAAAGUAUGAAUUUAAAAAUCGCGUAAUAAUUAUUGAAUGUUUAUGAAUGUUAUAAAUGUUUAUGCAUAGUUAAUGGUUAUAAUAAAUGAUAUUUUAUUUUACA